GUCCCACAUCAUCACCGCUGGCGGCCUCGGCGGGGUCGUGAUGUUCAACGACGAGAAGCUGAAGGACAGGGCCCUCAUGUUCCGCGAUUGGGGCCGGAUUGGCAACAAUUCCGAGGACAUGUCGGAGCGGUUCGGCCACAGCGUGGACGGUAUAGAUUACGACUUCAAGUUUUUGUACGGCUGCGUCGGCUACAACAUGAAAGCGUGCGAGAUGAAUGCUGCGUUCGGGCUUGCGCAGCUGGAGAAAUUGGACAGGUUCCGCGCCAUGCGCGCCCGCAACAUCAACCGCUACGUGGAGAACCUCAGGGCUCGAGAUCGGACUGCGUGGACUGCGAGGGCUCGGCCGACGUCUUCGGGGAGUCCUCGACCUGGAUCGGCGUCGGCGGCGCGCACUCCCUCGCGGCGUCGAAGAUGGGUAACGAAUCCAUGCCAGUCCGCUGUCGGUCCUCGAGAUCCCAAUGACCUCGCUCAAGCGGCUGCAUCUGGGAGUCUGGCACCGUCGAGGAAAGCGGGUGUGAAGUACGUCUUGCCCCAGCGACACGAUGAGUUCGAUUGGCUCGCGUUCCCGCUGCUCUACCACGACCGCAAGGGCAUCCUCCAGUAUCUCGAGAGCAACGGCGUGCAG